UUUGAAUAGGAGAGAUAAGUUAUUACGCUGCCUACUUUGUAUAUAUCAUGCUUGUUAAAAACCUCUGCCGGUGAGCUGUUUUGUGUUCCCUCACAGUGGCCAAUCAGUGCGCAUGUCAUUGAGAGGUCCGUUACCACGGCAACAUCACACAACCGACGAACGCAAAUCACUCGGCCUGGAUUUGGAGAGGGGUGAGGCCUUAUGUUUACACUCAGAAGAUGUUGCAGUCCAGAAAGAUGGGUUUGGCUGAGGCCAGUGAAAUGCACCCCACUCAGAUUCUGGAACUACUGGACACAAGCAUGACAACCCAAAAGCUGCCCUUGGUGGAUGUGGAUCAGACACUUUUUCAGCCCUUCCCACCUGAGUUGGUUUUCCAGAACUUCAUGGCUGCACAGUCUUACAAGUUGCAGUUGCAGCUGUUUAACAAUGACAAGGUGUCACGCAAUGUGAAGCUGGAGCAUCAGGGGUCACCUUAUUUCUGUGUUGAAGGUCCAAAGGAGGCAAGGAGUAAAGUUGCAGCAGGACUGUGUGUGACUUUUACGGUGUGCUUCACUCCACUGGAAAACAAGGACUACCACCAUAAACUGGUCUUUGUGACUGAAAGGGAGCAGUUUGAGGUGCCCAUCCGUGCCAUUGGACCAAGAGCCAGUCUGAACUUUCGCAAUGAGUUGCAUUUACCAGUGUGCUUUGUAAAAGCCUCCACACAGAAGACUCAGCUUGUACGCAACCUAGGAAACCGAAUAGGCAUCUUCAAGCUACAUACUCAGAGUCCUUUUUCAGUAACUCCCUCCUCCGGAACUCUUGACAUUGGCGAGGGCAUGCAAGUCACUGUGGCUUUUAAUCCGAUGACCAUAGGGGACCACCGUCAGGAUCUGCUGCUGCUAUAUGACACUGGUGAAGAUGUGCAUAUAACCCUGCACGGUUCCUGUGAGGAGUUGUCCCUCCAUCUUAUCCCUGAAUACCUUCAUUUGGAAAAGACAUAUAUGUCCUUGUCAAACACACACACCGUGUGCCUCACCAAUACUAGUGAUAUCACUCUUAAAUACCGGUGGACGACAUGGGCAAGUCAACAAGAAGAGAACAUGGAUAGCUCAGUGCUUGUUCAGUGCCGGUCUGAUUCCCCAGGCAUACAUCGGCCUCUCCCAUCCCUACUCUCUCUCUCACAAGGGUGCAUAACAGUGGAACCAGCGGUGGGAGAAAUAUGGCCAAACACCACAUCGCGUUUCAGCGUUGUCUUCAAGCCCGAGGAAGCCAAAAUAUAUCAACAAACUAUAUAUUGUGAUGUCACAGGCCAAACAUCUCAUGUCCCCCUGACAAUCAAGGGUGAGGGUUUGGGACCUGAAGUGCAGAUUAACUGUAACCUAAUGGAUAUGAAAACCAUAUUCAUAGGUCAAACGGUGUCUUAUGAGGUGCAACUUCUCAACAAUGGGCUGAUUGAGGCACCUUUUACGCUAUUAAGUCCCAACUCUACUUUUGGUCAGUUUUUCUCAUUUACUCCCAAGGAAGGUGUUGUUUCUUCCGGGGCUUGUCAGAUUGUAAAAGUCACCUUCCAUUGUAACAUCUUGGGAGCUUUCGCUGAGGACUUACUGCUCAGUGUUAAAGGACAGCCUCAACCACUCACAAUGACUUUCAGGGGUUGUGUCAUUGGGCCCACAUUCCACUUCAAUGUUUCAAAGCUGAAUUUUGGAGAGGUAUCAUUUGGUUUCCCCCAAACAGAAACGUGUUCGCUCAUCAACAAAUCAUUUGUUCCUAUGACCUUUUCCCUGCGUAUUUUGGGAGAUGGGGUGGGAUCCACCAGUGUGACGAGUGACCAACAGGUGUGCGAGCUGUGCAGGAACAAUUGGCAAUGCACUUCUGAUAACGACCCCAGCGCAAGGCCUGUUGAAUUCACCGUCAUUCCUACGUCCGGUACUGUGCGUGCCAUGUCAGAUGUCAGCAUCAAGGUGACAUUGUGCUCCAACACAGUCAAACAGUACAGGGUGGCUCUAGCGGUAGACAUUGAGAAUGUUGGAAAAGAAGUCAUGGCUCUGCCCAUUAUUGCGAGGUGUAUUGUUCCUGAUAUAAUAGUGGAAACACCAUUAUUGGACUUUCAGAAGUGUUUCAUCAAUCACCCUUAUGAAAACAAAGCACGCCUGACAAACCCUGGUUCUCUUCCUGUCUGCUAUGGAAUGUUGGAGCAGGAAUAUGACGAGAGUCUUUCGAUGGUAUUUGGGAGUUCUUUAUCAAGGGGAGUGAUUCCUCCUCAAAGUUCAACAGACCUACCUGUGUAUAUGCUAGUAAAGUACAUGGGAAAGCAACAGCACACACUUUACAUCGCUUUGUUUGGCAGCAUCCACUCACCGCUGGAGGUUGACUUGUUGUGCAUUGGGUGUGGUCCGAUAAUUCACAUCCAAAGCCAACAACUGGAAUUCGGCAAAAUCCCUGUUCUGACAGACAUCGUUAAAAUAUUUUCCCUAUCUAACCAGUCACCUAUCCCAGCAUGCUUUACAGCCUGCAUGAGUCAGGGCAAGUCCUGUUGGUGUGUUGAACCCAACAAAGGGGAAGUGCCACCACAAGGCCAACUGGAUCUUAGAAUUGUAGCACAUCUGAAAGAUACACUCUCGUUCCAAGAAAAACUUGAAAUUUCUGUCCAAGGCGGUCAAACACACAUUGUUGCUCUCUCUGCAACAGGCACUGGCACCACAAUUGUCAGUGACAAACCCAUAUCCCCCAAUCUCGACCUUGGCACACACUUCAGCCAUGGUUCAUGCAAAUUCCGUUUCAAGCUGACCAACUGGGGUCAAAGAGUACAUCGGCUUUACUGGAAGUCUGAAUGCUCAUCUGGUCGGACGUUCCUGCCCUCCAUCUCAGCUUCAAAAAAAAAGGAUCCUGUUGCCAAUGGAUCCUGGGCACCGUCAGUCGAAUAUAAACCAGUAUUCAGCAUGAGCCCUACACGUGUGGAACUCUUUCCAGGCGACUCAGUUGACAUGUUGCUGGAAGGAUCUUCAGAUUCCCCCAAAGUUGUGAGGGAGUAUCUUGUCUGCUGUGGCAUUGUAGGCCUCCAGGGCUUUAAGGAACAUAUUAUGUCUGUUGAUUUGACAUGCCAUUUUGUGACACCUAUGCUCAAGAUGUCCUCCCAGAAGUUGAGUUACUACAUAGAAAAGCACCCAAGCGAGAGUCUUACGCCACUAUAUGAGGAGCUGGUUUUAAAGAAUGUUUCAUCUUUAUGUCUAUCCAUGGAACUCUUUCUUGCCACUCCUUUCUCACUGUGUGAGGCCCAGGGAGCCCACAGUACUGCUACCGCUAAGAAAAUGACUUUAAAUCAAGGGGAAGAGGCUCACUUGUGGAUUUGUUUUGAUCCAACUCACUAUCAAGGUUCGUUGUCACAAGUUGUGGAUAAGGACCUAAUAAUGCACUACAUUGGACACCCACAAGAAGACAAGGUGGAGCUGCAUGCUGAAGUCCAUUUUCCCAACCUCCAUUUUUCCUCCACCACAGUAGAUUUUGGUAGUGUGCUUAACUCCACAGAAAAUCAGAGGGAGGUGACAAUGACAAACUGCUCUCCACUGGCUGUUGGUUACCAUUGGUCCUGCUUAGUGGAUCACGCACACUGUGCCCUCAGGUCUUCUGCGCACUCUCCAGGUGCUCUCAGCCACAGACCUCUUUCCCAAAACCGAGAUGUGUCACAAUGCUCUGUAUGUGUGCAAGAGGUGUUUGAUGUAUUGCCAAUGUAUGGUCAUCUGCAACCUGGCGAGCAGCAGGUGGUGACAUUCAUUUUCCACGGCCAGGACUUUGUCAGUCGAGAGGUGAUAGCACAGUGCCAGGUGGAGCAUGGCCCUAUAUAUGACAUUAGACUAAAGGGAGAAGCAUCAGAGAUCAGCUUCAGCCUUGACUCAAUCACCGUUGACUUUGGUCUGCAGCGUUUUGAUCAAAUUGGGGAAUCGAGCGUAAUUCUAAGAAAUACAGGAAAAGUGGGAUUCAAAUUCAGUAUUGAAAAGCCUGAAAAGGAGAAUACUUCAGUGGAGCAGUCACAGUCAGAUGUAACUCCGGAAACAUCAUAUGAACAGAAAGAAGAGAUCCAACCUGGGCAACCCAUGGUCAUCCCCCCAACAGGUUACAUUGAUGCUGGCUCACAGCAUUGCCUGUGUGUGCUCUACCUCCCUGGCAUCCCUACAAGGUUUGAGGAGCAGCUUCAACUGGUGGUGGCUCACUUACCACCACAAGUUAUCACGCUCAAAGGAGAGGGAGUAUUCCCACGGAUCUCCUUGAAUUUGCCUCGGACCCUUGCAAAGGAAUCCCACAGUGAUGUGGCUGAGAGGGUCAGAACAGCCAUGGAAGCACAGGUUGCUCAUGUCCCUAAUCAUACAGAGUUGUUUUUUAUGGAGAUUGAGAACAUGCUGGUCACAGAAAAUGCUUUGGCCGUGAGCAAGAGCCUUGUGGAGCUUGGGAACAUUCAAGGUUCCACCAAAAAAUGGAACAAACUCAGCAAGUUCUGCCUUCCCGAGUUUGUUUUGGAUUUUGGUUAUGUUGUUCCAAGCCAAGUCCUCAAAAAAAGUGUUAGUUUGACCAAUAACGGGUCAUUACCUGUGUCCUUCCACGCCAACAACAAAGUCACUGAUGGUUUCAGGGUAGAGUUUGGUAGCGUAAAAAACCUUUCUUGUGGUGAGUCAGAGUCUUUCACUGUGGAAUUUGAUCCUCGAAGAGGAAACCUGCCAAUGGGGAUCAGAAGUGCGGUCAUUCCAAUUCAGGUCAUAGGUGCCCCAUCAGUGCAGGUACGUCUGUGUGCUGUGGUGACCGUCCCGUCGAUCUCUGUUUCCACAGAAAUACUGGAGUUUGAAAAUGUGCGGUGUGGCAUGUGUAAGAUUCUGAUACUACAGCUACAUAAUCAUGAAUCUGUCCCAUGCAAAUGGAGCAUAAUUGAAGAUGUAAAGCCUGUGAAGGUUGAUAAGUUCCUGCCCCUCCACCAGCUGAGCAAGUUCCUGCAGCAGAACCGGCCACCACCUCUGAUGUUUGAGAUGACCCCUUCUUCCGGCAUGCUUUCCCCCGGCGAGCGGGACAAUAUCCAAGUCAAGUUCAGUCCUAUUGAGGGGUGCUUUUACAAGAGACAUUUAAUCAUCCAUGUGACUGAGGGUGCGCAUCCAGUGGUGGUCACAGCCCAGGGACAGGGUGAAGACCCACAGCUAGUGUUCUGCCCACCAGAGCUAAACAUGGGGCCUUGCCUACCAUUCAGUAUGGAGAUUGAAGCAGAGGUCACUGUCCAAAACCCCUGCUCUUUCCCCGUUGAGUUCUACUCUCUUGAGUUUGACACACAGUAUCGUAAGGAAGAGGAGGUCCUUAAUCUAAUGGAUGCAUUUGACAUGAACGGUAUACUGCUGCUUCCUCUAAGACAAGCCGGGGAGAGUCUUCCAGUAGAACUUCUGGAGUAUUACAAAGAUCACUGCCCUCAUUUAAAAGACCAUGAUACAAACGUGUCUUUGAUGUGUCAGCAAAAAUUGAGGCAGCGCAAAAAGGGUUCACACAAAGCUGAACAGAUCCUUUCAGAUAUCUUCAAAGCAAGAGAAACUGGAACUCUGGGAACGCUACAGAUAAACCCCAUCUCUAGAGCUCUUGCCCGGCACUUUGAUAUUGACCUAUCACCCGAGGGUCUUGCUGCCCUGAACUGUAGAGGCAUUGCUAUUAUAGUCCAUGGAGCCCCUCUGACAGGUCAAGGCAGCAAAGCGGCCGCUCUGGGAAAUCACUAUGGAGCUGCAUCCCUAAAUGUGGAUGCUGUGUUCGCUAAUGCGCUGAGAAAUGGUACCUCUCUUGUUAGCCUGGCUGCAAGACAUCUGUUUAAACGUGCUGCUGCGGAACAUGCUAUGAGGAUGGAAGAGGCUGCUCAAAUAUCUGCAAACAUUGGUGUAUCAGGAACUGCUUCCUCUGGCUCACCUACUGAAGGCACAGAAGCACCGCUCAGCUCAGCUGCCGCGGAAGCUCCUUCAAAGCCCAUCGAGAUCAGCAUCUCUGAAUCCAAAACACCUCGGGAAAAAGGCGUCUCUGAAUCUAAAACACCUCGGGAAAAAGGCGUCUCUGAAUCUAAAACACCUCGGGAAAAAGGCGUCUCUGAAUCUAAAACACCUCGGGAAAAAAGCGGCACACGGCCUACAAACCCCCCACAAGCUAGCCUGGCAAUCGAUAAGGACACACUUAGCAAUCUCUUGCCUGAACAGCUCCUGGUUGGUAUCCUAGCGGAGAGGUUUCAGUUAGCAGACUGUUAUUGUGGCGUUGUAAUUUAUGGUCUUGAUUCGGUCUACACCAAGUCAGUGGCAUACUGUCUUCAAGUUGUUCUCAAGGCCCUUAAUAACCGUAAACACAUCUAUCUUGUCAACUUAUAUGACUCCUACAACGCCCUGAAAGCUCGGAAAAAAGCACAAAGAAAGGCUGAGGAUGCCUUAUUGAAGGAAAAAGCUGAAAAGGAAGAAAAGUGGGUGCAAAACAUGGAUGAGGAGGAAUAUGAAGCUCUGCCACAGUCGGAGAAGGAGCUUAUUAUUGAACGACAGAAACAAAAGACACUCAAGUUUCUAGAGAAAAUCGAGAAAACACUGAAGGAUAAGAAGCAGCUUGAGGAAAUGAAGAAACUGAAACAAGAGGAGUUAAAAAAGAAGGGUAAAAAGCCUGGAGCUAAGGAAAGUAAACAAGCAGCAAGGAAGAAGGGUUCAAUGGAGAGUAAGCAGUCAAUGAGUGCAUCUGGUACCAGAAUGUCCUCUAAAGACUCACAUGACAAGAAAGACCAAGCUUCUUCCAAUGAAGCAAAUCAAAGUACUGACCCUAAGAAAGACGAUGCCAACCAACUCGAAAUACCUGGAGAGAGAGAAGAGCCAAAGGAAGAUAAGCUACACAGUCUGUUUAAUGCGUAUGAACGUAGCCAGAUCCAGGUGGAGCACAUUCUCCAACAUUGGGAUCGUGCCCAAAAGUUAUUGCGGGUUCCAAUUCCAGGUACAGAGCCCGUACCAGCUGCAGAUGAUGCCCCAACAGAGAAACAGGCUCAUUCAGGAAAGAAGAGCAAAAAAUCCACUAGCAAGAUUCCGUCUCCAUACAGUCACAUGGAACCAGCAAACAAAACAGACAAGACAAUAGAAAAACCAAUCGUCAUCCCUCACAUCAUUCUUAAACUCACUGGCAAAGAUUAUCCAGAUGUGCAUGACCUGCUCAAAAACAAAUCUCUUCCCCCACUUAAUGAGAUACUGGAUGAGUUAGGGUUGGGAUCCAGCACACUAGCCAUCCCUCCUCCUAUUACAUUGUCACUGGUCCGUCUUCCCAAAAACAGGGAACACGCUAACAGACCGCUAAACUGCAAUUGCUUCACCUUUUUAAGUCGUCCUUCCACAGAUGAACAAGAUGAAAGGAAAGAGGAAGAUGAUGAUGAUGUACAAACAUCAAAGGUGCAUCGUGGUCGCAACAAAGCUAGUGCCAAACUGUCCGCACUUAAGGAUAAGGAUAAGAAGGGCAGAGAGAGUCAGAAGAGCGUGAAACGACCAGCACCCCUUCCAAAAGUCAGGGGCUUGGAGCAAUCCUUAAAUUCUUCUACACUAGACAUCCCAGACCAAGACCCUCUAAGUGCAAGCAUCGAGCAGAAACGCAGCCAGAGCCUAACAUCAUUUCGCUGGGUUGUACCUGCCAAUGGACAAGUGGUGUUAAAGAUAUGGUUUUACACCAGCUCCCCUGGGACAUUUGAACAGAUCUUUCACUUUGAACUUCUGGGGAAUCAGAAAGUCUACCAACUGCUCUGUAGAGGAAUUUGCACAUAUCCCUCAUUCUGCCAAGACUACAAGAUUCUUUUUCCCUAUUGUCAAGAAGUGCCAAAAUUCACCACAGGGCUUCAGAAGACCUAUGUUGUCAAUCCUGGAUUCUAUGACUUUGGUCCAUUGCUUUGUAGCAAAACCAGAGACAGGUUCAAGGAUAAUCGGUAUUCAGAGAACACUGAGAGACUGGUCAUCAAAAAUAACUCAGGACUUGAGACUGAAGUUCAGUUUAAUUUCCAGAAUGACACUCAGGCCACCACAUAUAUGCUGGAUCCUCCGAUCAUGACCCUGCAACCUGACCAGGAACAGAAUUUGACAGUGUGGGCUUACCCAACGACUGCGGGUGAAGUCAAGGACAACAUUGUUUGCUGUGUCAGGGACAAUCCAGAGGUUUUCAUCAUUUCAUUGUGCUGCUUGGGAGUGCGACCAGAGCUGGAGCUAGAAAGCAAGCGCCUGAAUUUCAACAGGGUUUUACUUCACAGACAGGAGAGUCGAAGUCUGAAGAUCCAUAACAGGACACCGCUGCCAAUAUCUUGGAGAUUGCAGGGCAUGGAGGAGCUCGGUGAUGAGUUUAGUUUGUCUCAGGAUCACAGUAUCAUCCCAGAACAAUCGUCCCUUCUCAUAACCAUGCAUUUCAUGGCCAAAAAACCCAACACUUACAAAAAGCAUUUACGCUUUGAGGUUUUAGAUGUAGAAAAUAUUUUAGGCAUCUUAUACACUGAAAAAAUACAGGUUUCUGCAGAAGCCUUUGAUAUAGCCAUGGACAUCACACCAGAUCACUGUCUGGACUUUGGAACUAUCAAAGUCUUUGAAGAGGUUGAGCGUACCAUCAAACUGAAAAACCAAGGAAAAUAUGAAUUUGCAUACAAGAUUUUAGUUGUGGAGAAAAACCUUGGCAAAACAGAUAUGAUCUCUGCUUUCAAGGUGUCCCCCUCAAGUGGUACCUUAUUGCCUCGCAAAAAGUACACAUCGAUUCAGAUCCUUUGCAGUCCCCAGCAGGAAAUCUCAAUCAGAGACAAAACUGCCCUAUCAUGUCAGGUGAUUGAACCCAGCAUUGGGGAAGGAGGGCAUGUCGUUGCCAUUCUGCCCAUCAAUGUUUCAGUCCAUGCUGUCUUCUCCAGGUACACAAUCUCACCAAUGUCUGACCUUAAUUUUGGCCCUCUGUUUCUUGGCACGAGGAAAAGCCAAACAUUCAUUAUUGAGAACAAUGGCCUGUUUGAGUACCACUUCACGGUCAGUGCAGGUGUUGACGUUUGCCCACCAACAAAGCCGAGUUGUUUGCCUCAAGUUAAGAGGACUACCCGUGAGAGCGGUUCAGAUAGAUCUCAUGCAACUGGGAGCAGAAUGAGGAGUGAGCAGAAAGAUGCAAGUGUCUCACAGAAUCGACUAAGCACGGGGGUGUUUGCAGUUUUCCCUUGCACAGGAAUCAUCCAACCUAGGAACCGGAUGGUGGUGACAGUUGAUUGUAUUGCUGAACAAGAAGGCAACUGGAGACAAAGUUUGCUUCUUGACAUCAGUGGCCGGAACCCAUCAGACCAACCAGAGGGCAUACCAUACAAACUGAUAGCUGAAGUCUGUCUUCCAGGCAUUGUGGCAGACAUGGCUUCCAUCUUCGAAGAGCACCAUUUGUGUAAAAACAGCACUCAGAUCUCCUCAGAACAGUUUUUCAAAGCUGAACGAAUUUAUGUCCUGGAUGAGAAAAAGUUUAUUUUCAACAGAACUCUUUUGGGGCGAACUGCUCAAGCUCGUUUCAAACUCACUAACAAGAACAAAGUGCCUUUCACACUCAACUUGACAAUCAAAUAUUCUGGGAUGAAGAUGUCUAGCAAUGUAGACAUUUUUGAAUUGUCUACGCCAACACUGUUCGUUCCUGGGCAAUCACACGCAUUCGCUGUUGUAAGCUUCACACCGCAAACACUGCAGCUUUACAAUGCUUCGUUUGAAGUCACAUUCGAUAAAAGCAUCAGAAUGUCAACGAACGUAAAGGAGAAGGACAACAAGGUCCUGGACUUUGAGCUAAUUGGUGAAGGCUGUCUGCCACUUGUAUCUGUUGUACAUCCGACCCUGUUAAACAACGAAUUGAAUCCAGUCUUGCGCUUCAAGCGUACAUUGGUAGGGCGCGCGAAUACCCAACCCUUGGUGCUCCUAAAUGAUGGCAUUGUGCCCGCUCAGGUUCUGAUUGAAAUGACAGAUAAACACAAUGUGUUAACUGUCAGAGAAGCUCCUGGUAACAAUUGCGGUGCUAUCUACAUCACUCAAAUAGAGGACACAAUUGACUCAGAACGUCAGUUUGUACACAAAGCAAGCGUGACACUGGACGUUACAGAGCGGGUGGCAUUUGAGGUCACCUUCUCCUCCGACGAACCUCUGACUGUGGAGGACAAGAUUUCACUUCGAGUGGAGGGCAGUCAGUACAGCAAUGUGACUAUACAAGUUAUUGGAGAGGCUUACCAAGAUCUUAUCACUUUUGACAACAUCGGCGGGUUGGUGCAGGAAAUUUAUAAGAACGAUGAGGUGGAAGAUACUUAUGAAUUACUCAAUUAUGGGGACUGCAAUGUAGAUUGUCCUGUGCAAAAUAGUUUCACUAUGACCAACCACAGCAGAAACCAGGUUGUGAGGUUUGAGUGGCCUUCUGAUGACCCCAAUGUCACCAUUUCACCAGAGGUGGGACAUCUCCAUGCUGGCUGUUCCAAAGAAGUGACUGUUGUCUUCUGCUCCAAAGAGCCAGUGACACUGGUAAAACAACUAAUGGUCUGCAAGCUUUGUCAGUUGACGUUCCAGCAGCCACUUGAUCAGGUUCCUGACUGGGAUAGCCAAAAGAAAGCAUCGCAUGCUUCACGGACACAAACACAACAAACUGUGAAGCAUAAAAUGAUAAAACCACAUGUUGAACCAAGCUGUUCUGUAGUCAAAGGUUCAGACUGGGAGUUGGGUUUGCUUAUCAGUGUAGUUUGUGACUUUGUCAAGUUCAGCUGCAACUCAGAAACCAUCAAGUUCAAAGACACCUUCACUUACCAAACCAUCACUGAACAAGUUCAAAUAGUUAACAAUGGCAUUGUGAAACUGCAAUUUUCUUGGCAAAUCUCAAUGGAUCCCAGCAGCAUCCCAGUCAGGCAAAACCAAGAAGAUGAAACCCUCACUUCUCAGCCAAGCGGCAUAUCCUCAAGGGCCUUGACUGAAGAAAAGCCUGACAGCACUGUAGCCAGCGAGAUGUCUGUUUGGAUGCAGGACUCUCCUUUCACUGUGGAGCCAAAUAUUGGAGCCAUCUUGCCUGGUGCUGCGCAGAGCUUCUGCAUUACAUUUUCACCAAAAGUUGCUGGCCAGUUCAAGGGCAUAUUGCUCUGCAGUAUCCCCAAUUUGCGAGAGGAAGAUGAUACACCUUGUAUCUCAAUCAGUGGCUGCAGCAAAUUACCAAAUUGUCACUUUGAUCUUGAAGAGUCUGACUACUUAAGUGGCAACCGCCGCAACUCUAAGUUCAGGAAUUAUUUGAACCCAAACAUCAGAGUGAUAGAACUCACUACUGUUGGUCUCUACACCCCAACAACACGAUGCUUUACUGUCUUGAACCCAAAUAGUGUACCCUACUCCUAUGAGUGGAGGUGUGAAGACACUGGUAACAGUCCAUUUAACUGCCUAACCCCACGUGGAACUAUUUUGCCUGGCGAGAAGUCAAAGGUGUGCUUUAAAUAUGUGGCUAGGCAGGUGGACGAUGUGGAGUCAUCAUGGAGCUUUGUGAUUAGGACCCUGUCACUAUCUGUUCCUUUCCUCUGUGUGGGCAUCAUGAGAGAACCUGUUGUCUACUUUGACAAGUCUCACAUUGACUUUGGAGAACAACUUGUUGGUAAUAAAGUGUCUCAAAAAGUGGCUCUCGUGAAUGGCGAGGAGGAACCUUUUCACUUCACUGUUUUGCAGCCAUCAUUGCUGUGUGAUGACCAGCAUUCUAGACUCGUUUUGAAGCCCACAAAUGGCACAGUGGCACCCAAAGACAGGCUGCCAUUGACAGUGUCCUUCAGUCCUUGUCAAAAGGGCUACGUGAGCUUCAAACUCACCCUGAGUGUGAAGAGAAAGUCACAGCUUCUCAUUCUUACAUGUAAGGCAGAUUGUAUUACAAUGACUGCUUCUGUUCAAGUAGAAAAUUCAGACGGAGGCCUCAGGGAGAUCAGUCCUGAUGUUAUAGAUACUUUGGACUUUGGAAAGGUGGGCAUUUUAGAGCAAGCUACUUUUAAUAUCCUGGUCUCCAAUACUGGAAAGUACAACAUGGAUGUGAACUUUGAACUGGAAGGGCCGGGUGAGCUGCUUCAACAUUUAGUGGCAAAACCGAAAAAUGCUACAAAAGCUGUUGGGGAGCAGCUGCAGUCUUCGGUCUUCUUUUCUCCUCGGAACACUUGCACCCUCAAAGAUGUCAGACUGACUAUCAAGGUCAAAAAUGGUCCAUCGUUUACCAUGGCUUUUGAAGGCAGUGGUGUCACACCAGACCUGGAAUUUUCUUUCAAAACAUACAACUUUGGAAAGCAUUUUCUGUUUUGUCCUGGCAUGACCCCAGCCUCCCAAAAUCUAGUGAUCACAAAUAAAAGCAACAGGAACAUCAGUGUCAAGUGCCAAUACAGAAAUACCUCUUUCCUGGAGAUUGACUUUAAAGCAGAUGUUUUGUCCCCUGGUGCUGUGGUGGAUGUUCCUAUCACCUUUUACCCUCGUGAGCCACGGUGUUACAACGAAAAGGUCACCUUCUUAUUAAACAGCUGUGUUAAAGAACAAGUGGACAUUUUGGGACAAGGCAUCAAACUACAGUUUGAGGUAUUGUCUCCAAAGUCCAAGAAGGUGAAACUUGGAACUCUGUCAGUGGGACAAAAAGUGACUAAACGAGUGCACCUGGCCAACCGCUGUAUAUUGGACAUUCCUUACACAUUGCAGAUUGACAAGUUGGACCCCAAAAAUCUGUCACUCAGUCCAGCAGGCCAGCAGUGCAUUGCAGCUAAUACCGGCUCAUGUAUUGUUGAGAUCCACUUUACACCCUGUACAGAUAUUCCUCCCUUUACUGCAGAGCUGCAGGCUGAUAUUAAAGGCUAUAUACUCCCCCUGCUGACCAUCCAGGGCUGCUGCAAGAUUGUGAAAGUGAAUCUGGAACAGGACCACCUUGGAUUUGGACCAAUUGUCCAGCACUGCCAGGCCAAAAAAAAAGUUCUCAUGGUAAACACAGGAGAACUUUGUGCCCGAUUCCACUGGAAAACUGCAGACUUUCCUCCAGAAUUGUCCAUCACGCCAACCAGAGGCUCUAUCCAACCUGGAAUGGGGGUCCCUGUAGAAUUGACGUUUGCUCCAAAGAGCUUGAAUAAUGACUCAAGAUAUGAAAACUUAUCUUGCUACAUCGAAGGCUCCUCUUCACCCAUUACCCUCACUGUGACCGGCACCUGUAUUGCAACCCCCUACAACAAAGAGCUGGUGAGUUUUGUUUGCCCAGUGCGUGGUUCUCAAACUCAGACACUGGUUGUGGUCAACCCCACAAACCAACGUUGCAACAUUCGACCUGUCAUCAAAGGCGAGUACUGGAGAGCUGCACCCUCUGUAGCUCUGGAGCCCCUCCAAAGCAGCAUAUAUGAGAUAACCUACACGCCACUGUGCAUGACUACUGACGGAAAGAAACACUUGGGGUCAGUAUUUUUCUCAUUUCCCAAUGGAACUGGCAUGUGGUACUCGCUACAAGGAACUGCUGAGGCUCCUAAAGCAGAGAACACCAUUGUACACGAACUGCCUGCUAAGACCCAAUACACACAGAUACUCCCCGUGAUGAACUGGUUCUCAAAGCAGAAACGCUUCCUGGUUACACUAGAGUUCCUGAAACCUGACAAUCCAGAUUCUACAGUGUCCCUGAAGGGUCGUGAGUACAUUGAUGUCCCUGCUCUGUCCAAGAAGGACUAUAAGAUUCAUUUUUACACAUACCGAGAGGGUCAAUUCAAUGCUAAGGUGACAUUUCUGAAUAAGGCGUCAGGGGAAUAUUUGUUCUACAUCAUUAACUUCAAAGUGACAACUCCGGUAGACUUGUACACCAUAGAACUGGUGACAAAUGUCCGCGAGAAGACUUCGGCCACUAUAGAAGUGCAGAACCCCCUAAACACGUCCAUCUGCCUCACCGUUGACUGUAAAUGCCCUGACAUCAGUGCUCCAAGCCAACACGUGGUGCCAGGGCUAUCAAAGGGUGCUCUGACCUUCGACUACCAGCCUUUGCGUGCAGGCGAAUCGACUUCUCGACUGUCACUAUUUUGCACCGAUCUAGGUUACUUUUAUUAUGGUCUUCUUCUUCGAGCGCUACCUCAACCACCAGAGAAGGCUCCUCGCUUCAGUGCUCCUCUGGGCAGCAACCAUGUUAUUUCCAUCAAUUUCCUCAAUUACUCCCACUUUAAAACAGAAUUUGCUUGCAAGACUGACUGCCCGGCUUUCACGGUGGGCAAGAGUGUGACUGCCAGUAAUCAAACAGGCUCAAAUGUCAGUGUGGAAGUUACUUUUGAGCCAUAUCAACUGGGUGAGGUGAAAGGCCAACUCAACCUGUCCUCUGGAGUUGGUGGUGAAUAUGUCUUCCUAUUACGUGGAAAUGGCUUGCCUCCCAAAACACAAGGCCCGUUCAACAUUAGGACCGGCAGAAGCGUCACAAUCCCCUUCAAGAAUGUGUUCCUGCAGACCACAACCUUCUCUUUUCAGGUGGACAACCCCUGUUUUUCUGUUAAAAAAGCAGACACUAUCCCUUCCAAAAAGAUCCAGAACAUCCAAGUGUCCUUUGCGGCUCCUGAAGGAGGCUCAUCAGGCCCGUGGAUUGGCAAAUUGACCAUUUCCAACCAGUGCUCAGAGGGACAAAGUCGGGACAGAGUCUCCUCAUGGGUAUAUUACUUGAAGGGAAAUCUGCUGGAGUCAUCCUAGACCUAUUAUCUAUGAUAAUCAUGUUUUCAGUUUAUAUUCCCACCAAAGCUUUACCUUAUAUAAUGUAUUUUAAUACAUGUAUUAGUUGUCAUAGUAGUGUAGUGUACACUUUUGUAAAGAAAUGUUGGCAGACAGCAUGACAUAGUAACAACCACAAGAGGGCACUCAUGUCUCUUAAUUCUUAAAUUACUGUUUUGUCUGUCACCAAAGUUCCAAUUUGUUACAUUUUAGUGGCCAUAUAAGUUGUAUUGCUGUAGCAAUAAAUAAUGUUAGUCCCACAUAUCCACAAAUAACAGAGUUCAGUAUCUUCUACAAGGUUAUUUGGACAAUUCUCAGUUAUUUGGGUAGAGGAAAAGUUUUAGGGCAAGUCGGAAUCUAACAUGCAAUAUUUUGACUCCAAUGGACAGUAUACAGUUGUCUAGUAUACUUUGAUUUAUGACACUAUUUUUGAUUGAUCCGUUCACUGAUCUAAUGUACAGUGACUGACAGGGAUAAUACAAAGUAACAACCAAAUGCUCCGAUGAUCCAAAACCAAACACAACACACUUAAAACCACUGCUGCAAAUUAGAAAUGUUGCCUUUCUUAUUAAACUGCUAAAACUAAAACACUGCAAAUGCCCAAAACACACAAAAAAUAAAACAACUGCAUAAGAGAAAUGUUGCAAGUUCUCCAUACAACAAUUUUUAUGUUAUAGAGCAAGGAUAUUCAACUAAAUUGUUUUGUGGGCCACAUUUCCAUAAAGCUAAAGACUGUGGAGCCGGACUUCUCCCUUUA